AUGACAUCAGAAACACAGAGAGAAGAGAGCAUACCGCUCCCGAUGUCCACAAACGAGUUUGAAGCGACACAGACUGUCGAUAGCGCAAAAAGAAAGGCGGAACAGACGAACGGAACCCACACGCGCACAAAGCGGAAUCGCUAUAUUUCCAUUGCCUGCAAUGAGUGCAAGCGACGCAAAAUCAAAUGCAACGGCCAGGUGCCGUGUCAACGCUGUGGCCACCUCAAUCUAGAAUGCCGAUAUGCGCCCAAUUGCUGCAAUAAUAAUUUUAAGGAGUCAGAUGAUUUCCGUUUGAUGAAGCAGCAGAUUACGACGCUGCAAGAACAAGUCAAUACGCUAUUUACGAAGUUGAAUGACUUCCGCGAUCCGAAUGCUUCGCUUGACUCGUCUUCGGCCUUCGACGGCUAUUCCCGAGAUGGCUCCCAGCAGAUCUUCGCACCGCUUCAUCCAGGGCCGUCAAAGCCACCUUCCAAACAUUCGCGCUUCCAUGGGCCUACAAGCACCGUUUUCAAUUUCAAUGUGGCCAAGUCAAGCCUCCAGACCAUGGGGAUUGCGCCUCCGGAUGAUGUGAUUCCGGACGACCUUACCACUGCACAUGCGACGCCUUCUGGAUCUCCACCUCCGCCUAUAUCCUUACCUAUCUCCACUGUCCAUCCCUCUAAAGACCCUAUCUGGUCUAUAAAACGAGAGGAGGCUUUACGACUCUGUAGGGUCUAUGAGGAGGAAAUUGGGAUCAUGUAUCCGCUCAUCAACAUCGAGCAAGUGAACAGCCGAGCCAAUCUACUCUACACCUUUAUGGAGGCUGCAGCUCGUACUGGCUUCGCCCAGCGAGGGAUGCCCGGCUCGGAUGGCUUACAUGACGAUGACACAAACAUUCUAAAAAUAAUCCUUGCCACCACCCUCGUUGUUGAAGGGAAUGGACGAAGCGAUAUUGGGCAGCGACUGUACAUGAGCAUGAAACCGAUCAUUGAGUCCAAGAUAUGGCAGCCAAGUGAUCUCAAGACCAUUCAACUUUUUGCCAUAGUUGCAAUGUAUCAUUUCCAUACAGACGACGAUAUCAUGGCUUACCGCUUGAUCGGAGUAGCUGCUCGUAUGUGUCUCGAGCUUGGGUUACAUCGGCGUGAUGCAUUGAUCAAAUCUUUCCCGGACGAGGGACAAUGGCCGAGCGUCAGCAACGUCUUUUGGUCAGUAUACACCUUGGAUAGACGUUGGAGUUUCGGAACGGGGCUGCCAUUUGUGAUCCAAGAUGAGGAUAUUGAUCCCAACCUACCCGAGCCAGAUUCCUCUUUACCAUACCUCAACUGCAUGAUUGCUUAUAAUCGCAUCAGCGCGAAGAUCUGGUACUCUGGACUUGGUUCAGAGGGUGCCACGGAUAGCAAGAGAGAUGAGAUUGGGUAUCUUGACUACCAGAUCCUCCAGUGGUAUAAACAAGUUCCAGACACCCUGAGAUUCUAUCCGCAAGAUUCACCCAGACAACGCGAACCCGCCAACCGAGGUCUGCAGCGGUUACGCGUCGUUCUCUAUCUCCGCAUGAAUCAGCUGAGGAUCCUAAUCUACCGUCCCGUGCUACACUCGACCGGAAGCAUCGUGGAAAGCCGAGGGCAGGCACUGACUGUGGUCGAGAUUGCCAAGGAUACCAUUCGAGUACUGACACACUUGAACCAGUCGACCGAUAUAUACCGAAGUCAGCAAGUCACUUUUAACUACUUUCUUUUGGCUGCACUUGCUGUACUCUUCCUUGCUGUGUCCCAUGCCCCCGGAGAAUUCAACCGCCAGGUGCGGGAAGAGUUCUAUAUGGCUCUUGAUCUAGUCAGCGGGUUCAGUGCAAAGUCGUACGUUGCAAAGCGGCUUUGGAAGACCAUCAAGGGGCUUCGAAAGAUUGGCGAGAAACUUGGAGUUCUGAAUCGCCCCUUUGCGUCUCACUCCGACGACCCCCAUUCGACAGCAGCGGUCGCCAUGGCAGGCCUCGCAGGCCACCCGAUAGAAGAUAUAUCAGUUUAUGGGCCGGUCGGCGCCAUGAACGAACUAGGGAACAGCCCAUUAAACGGGCUACAGAUGAGCCAGGAGCUAACGAAUCUGUUCGAAGCGGUAGGCGGACUGAACUCCUUCAUGGCCUCCGGUACAGCUCCAGAUGGCCUCCAUGGGUUCGUCGGCGUCGAUGGAGAGAUCCAGAACACCAGCGAAGGAUUGCCUGGUGUUCUAGGUAAUGAAGGAGGGUUUUCUAGGGUCAUCAGAGACCUUUUUUGA